AUGCGGAUGGGAUCCAGUUCUCAGGAGACUCAGAAAAACAUAUCUAAGCUAGACUAUGGAUUUCAGACCCCCAAUGUGGGAGCGACGCAGACAAUAGAGACAGAGCAUUACGAAGAAAUGAGGCAUGGCAUUUCGCUUUCCUAUUACGACUGGUCCAUCAACGCUUCCAACUGUCAGGGCCAGGUGUCGUUGCGUUAUCCAUUGGAGCUACUGAACAACUUCUUAAGCAUCGCGCCAUCCUCAUAUAUGCUUGAUGUGAAUUUUGAUAACAGAUUCUUUCAUGGCUUGCUUGACACAGCUGGUGCUGACAAUGUCCUAUACGACUGCCCCUCAGGCAUCGCAGCGCAGGCCACCCAUCCACCUACCCUGGGUUUCAUCUAA